CAUACAUCGUGCUGUGAAAAGGCGUCGUCGCAUUUGGCGGUUCUUUUGUGAAUGGGGAAGGCUUAAGGAGGGGCUGCUGGGGGUCACCGUGACAUCGCCACAUCAAAUCCAGUUGCCCACACAGUUGCCUCGCUGUGUAACCUUCUGGACUGACUGAGUGACUCCGUGCGCGUCUCUUUGGCGCGCUACUGUGGGCUGUGCGCCGACACUAUGAAAUGAAGAAAACUCAGCUUCUGAAGAGAAGAGCGCUAUUUAGAAGGACGCACAUGGAAACAGGAGAUAUCGCUUGAUCUACUAAACCUCCAAAAUGGCUAGAAAUACUUCUCUUUAUUUUCGGAUUGUAGAGGGCAGGAAUCUCCCAGCCAAAGACGUGUCUGGAACAAGUGACCCUUACUGCAUUGUUAAAGUUGACAAUGAAGUUGUGGCCAGGACAGCCACUGUGUGGAAGAACCUUAAUCCUUUCUGGGGUGAGGAGUACACGCUGCACCUCCCGAUGGGAUUUCACUCGCUGUCUUUUCAUGUCAUGGAUGAAGACACGAUUGGCCAUGAUGAUGUGAUUGGCAAGAUUACUUUGACCAAGGAAGCUAUUGGAUCUCAAGCUAAAGGUUUGGACAGCUGGCUGAACUUGACAAGGGUUGACCCAAAUGAAGAAGUUCAAGGGGAGAUCCGCCUUAGUCUGGUCCUGCUCAAACACUCAGAGAAGAUCAGCCUGAGAUGUCAAGUCAUUGAAGCCAGAGAUCUUGCCCCUAGAGACACCUCUGGCACCUCUGAUCCUUUUGCAAGAGUCAUCUUUAAUAACCACAGCGCAGAGACCUCGAUUAUUAAAAAGACGCGGUUUCCUCACUGGGGGGAAACUCUGGAGCUGGAGCUUGACCCAGAGGAGUUGUGUGAAGAGGGGCCUAUCACUGUGGAAGUGUGGGACUGGGACAUGGUUGGCAAGAAUGACUUUUUGGGGAAAGUGGAAAUCCCCUCGCCGUGUUUGCACAAGUCGCCUCAUCUGGAGGGCUGGUUUCGUUUGCUGCCCCUGGGAAACAAUGAGGUUGAUGCUGGUGGUAAACUCGGGGCGCUGCGUCUCAAAGUGCGUUUGGUGGAGGACCGUAUUUUGCCCUCAGUGUAUUAUACACCUCUUAUUGACCUUUUGGUUGAGUCAGUCAUCUCUCCUACAGACGUGGAGGAGACUAGUGCUCUCACCAUGCUGGAGGAAGUGACCACAGUAGAGAGCCGUCAGGAUGUGGCCAUGACGCUGGUGAAGAUUUACCUGGGCCAAGGCCUCGUGGUGCCAUUCUUGGAUUACCUCAACACCCGCGAGGUCAACCACACAACUGAUCCUAACACAUUAUUUCGGUCCAAUUCUCUUGCCUCCAAAGCAAUGGAACAAUUCAUGAAGGCUGUUGGCAUGCUCUAUCUUCAUGAAGUCCUGAAGCCAAUCAUCAACCGGAUCUUUGAUGAGAAGAAGUACAUUGAACUGGAUCCAUGCAAGAUUGACUUGAACAGACUUAGGCGAAUAUCCUUUAAGGGUGGCAUGUCUGAGGCUGAGGUGAGGGACAGCAGUGUGGAGAUGCUGCAGAUUUAUUUAACCAGCAUCAUCGACUCCAUCGUGAACUCAGUCGAUCAGUGUCCGCCCGUCAUGAGAGUGGCCUUCAAGCAACUGCACAAGAGGGUCGAGGAGCAAUUUACUGAACCUGAGAACGAGGAUGUGAAAUAUUUGGCCAUCAGUGGAUUCUUCUUCCUUCGUUUUUUUGCUCCUGCGAUCCUGACACCGAAACUGUUUCAGCUGAGGGACCAACAUGCUGACACCCGCACAAGCCGAACACUGUUACUAUUAGCCAAGGCUUUGCAAAGUGUUGGAAACUUGGGUCUUCAGCUAGGCCAUGGGAAGGAGCAGUGGAUGGUACCCUUACACCCCAUUAUCCUCCACAGUGUGGCUUCAGUCAAAGACUUUCUGGACAAGUUAAUUGAUAUUGACCAUGACACAGUGUCGGAGGUCCCACAGAGGGCUGUUUUUAUGCCCUCGGUCACAGUCAAAGAGGGCUACCUGCAGAAAUAUAAAACUGAAGGACCACAGCUGUUGUCCAGGUUUGCCUUUAAGAAACGGUAUUUCUGGUUGACCAGCGAGACUCUCUCCUAUGCCAAGACAUCGGACUGGCAAGUGCGCUCUUCAAUUCCCAUUCAGUGUGUCUGUGCCGUGGAGAGAGUGGAUGAAAAUGCCUUUCAGCAACAAAACGUGAUGCAGGUCGUCACCCAGGACAACGACGGACAGCUGCACACAAUAUACAUCCAGUGCAAGAAUGUCAAUGAGUUAAACCAGUGGCUGUCAGCAAUCAGAAAAGUCAGUAUCUAUAAUGAACGGAUGCUGCCCUCUUUCCACCCGGGAGCUCAUCGCAGUGGCAAGUGGACGUGCUGUCUGCAAACAGACCGAAAUGUUACAGGCUGCAGUCGGACUCACUCUGCUGUUACCCUCGGUGAUUGGAGUGACCCUCUGGACCCUGAUGUAGAAACCCAAACCAUUUACAAGCAGCUACUCCAGGGCAAGGACAAACUCAGGAAGAAAUAUCUGGAGAUUUCAGAAGCUGAUCAGAAGACAAGCAAUAAAGAAAAGAAGAUCAACUCAGAAGGUGCACAGUGCAACGUGAAGUCAAAAACAGGUCUAAGUGUCCCUGUCCGUCUGUUGGCGGUGAUCACAGAUUUGGAAAAGGCUCAUAACGCGUUCCAGCGCCGAGAGAAGGAGGACCCCAACUGUGUCAUACUUAACCACUAAAGCCCAGUCUGCCCUAAGACACUGCACAACUGAGGGUUUAAUGCACUGUCCCAUAUCUGAACCUAUGAACAUGAUCUUUGAGUAUCUCAAGAUCUCUAGACAACAUUUCAGUGAAUUCUCCCCAAAGAGACAGACAUCCCUAUACUCACUGCCACCAGCUGCCAAAAGAGGGAGUGAUGAUGACACACAAUCAUAAAGGGGACUUUGAAGCAAGAUCUAACAUGAUACUUUAUGUAGAUAACAAGCUAUCUGUUGCAUGCCCCAGUCCACUUAUUAUAUGUGAAAAUAAUCUUUUAUACUGUAUAUGGACAUUGUACAGGACACAAGUCUGUUUUUAUGCAAAGCAAAGCUUUUUGUUUUAGUGUAAUGUACAGUUUGUAAAGCAUCUUUUGAAUAUUGCUUUUUAUGAUUUUUAUUUUAUUUUAUAAAUAAUUUUAAUUGAUCACAUGGAUGUAGCAUUUCAGUCUAUAGUCAGACCACCCGGUCAUAGUGUACACUGUAAUGCUUUUGUUUGGUGCUAUUACUUAAGCUAGUGCUUUUCAAAUGCAGUUCAAUUUUCAUCUGCUUGAUUGGUGUUUUUCUAGUUUAGGAUAAAUUGUGGAAGCCAUUGCGAAUGUUUUAUGGGUAACAUUUACCUUAAAGUGCAUCAUCGUUAUAUAAUGUAUGUGCCACUGUAAAUGGCUUAUGUCUUCAUGUUUGAUAUGCCAAUUUCAAGAAGAUAAGGCAUUUUUUGAACAGUUUCAUAUGUUAACUGUAGAUGUGCAACUCAAUUAAUUAAACUAAUGUGGAAAAAAGUUUUACCCAAAAGUUUAUCAUUUUAGAUACAUUUGUAUAUAUUGUUUGGAGAGACUACAUUUUAAGCCAUAACAAUAGUUCCAUUUAUAAUAAAGCACUGCACUACCCAAAUCUAUGUUUAUAUUUUGAAUUUAAAGCUAUUGAAUGUAACUACUACUGUACUUUUAUUUAUUUCUAAGACAAAGUCCCAACAUGAAUUGUAAAUCAAUUUUAGGCCUGUGAACACACAAUGAAUGUAAUGUUGGCACAGUCUGUUGAUGUUGUUUUCCUUUAAAAAGGUAAGAUUGUAAAUACAUUAACUUCAAGAUGAAGAAGUGACAAUCAAAAGACAACAAUGAAUAUAAUGCUUUAGGAGUGUAUUAUUUUGCCUUGAAUUAUU